AUGGCAUGUUCCACACUUCGGAGCAGCAUCAAGUGGUUGAUGCUGCUCAUGGCACUAUUGGUGCCGCUUGCCUCAGGUCUUCCGAGCCUCCGUAUUAUGUCUCUUGGAGACUCAAUCACCAAAGGCAACGGCUCCAAAGACCAGACAGGCUACCGAAAGCGUCUUCGUGAUCUACUGAGUGGCCGAGGUGCCUCGGUGGAUAUGGUUGGCAGCUUAAAGCAUCCUCGCACUGGCAUGGCGGACAAUGAUCAUGAAGGCCAUAGUGGAAAGGUGCUUGCAGACAUCAAUACUUAUUGGAAGCUGUCAAUUGCAUCUCGUCCUAACGUCGUUCUCUUACAUGCUGGCACCAACAAUAUGGACCUAGAGGAUGACCUCGAAGGCUCCCCCGCUAUGCUUGCUACAAUUAUCGACGGCCUCUUUUCAAAUGCCCCAGACGUCACCGUCCUUGUUGCUCCCGUCAUCUGGGCCAAUAAGCCUAGAAUGCAACAAAACACUGAACGCUUCAACCCUCAAGUCAUUUCUAUUAUUGAGGAGAGACAAAAGGACGGCAAGCAUAUUCUCAAGGUCCCAAUCGAUAUCACAGUUGGUGAUCUUUGGGAUGAGAAACACCCAAAUGACAGAGGCUAUCAGAAAAUGGCCGACGCUUGGUUGAAGGCAAUUCUCGAAGCCGACGAACGAGGCUGGCUGAAGGAUCCUGUGCCAAGGGAUGCCGGCGGCCUACCAGGCGUCGGUCUUGGCAUUGGAGGUGGUAGUGGUGGUGCUCAAGAAGCGAUUGAGGGCAGAAUCUGGAAGAAGCAGGGAACUGUCUUCGAAGGCUUCCGUACCUGGCAAUCAGUUGGCACCAUCAGCGGACCUGUCGAGAAUGGUAGCCGCGACAAGGUCAUUUUGGCCGACCUGAAUGGUGAUGGCAUCGCUGACUAUGUCGUCGCCGACAACGAUGGUACCAUUCGGGCCUGGAUCAAUAGCGGUAAGCCUAAUGAUUGGACUAGUAUUGGAGAUAUCAAUCCAGACUGGAAGUCCAUCAAAGGCAACAUGAUCCGUUUUGCUGAUGUCGAUAACGACGGAAAGGCUGACCUCAUUGCCUUGUACGAAGGUGGUGCGGCCAAGGUCUGGAAGAACGUUGACAAUGGAAAGAAGUUCAAGUCUCUCGAUUCCAAGUGGGCAACUGGCCUCGAAUCGAGGGAUAAGGUCCAUUUCGAAGACAUUGAUGGUGACGGUUAUGCCGACUAUGUCAUUGUCUAUGGUGGUGGUGCUGUUAAAUGGGCGCGCAACACUCACAACAACGGCAAGGACAGCAAGAAGAAGAAUUGGGAGACUGAGGUUAUGAUUGCUCCUGGUCCUGCCGGUAUACCUGCCAAUUCGGCAAGAAUGCGAGACAUUGAUGGCGAUGGAAAAGCCGACUAUCUGGUUGUCUACGACGGCGGUGCAGUCAAGGCCUUUCGCAAUACCAUCAAACAAGGUGGGCGCAACUGGGAAGACCUUGGUACUAUUGCACCCGGCAUAUCGGGCGUCACUGGCGAUACUAUACGGUUCGCAGAUAUGGAUGGCGACGGCCUGGCCGAUUUCCUCGCUGUUGCUGAUGAUGGAAGCAUUCGCAUGUGGAAGAAUCUUGGUAUCACCGGCACCAAGGGCUCCAGCCUUCGCUUGGCCGACCUGACAGGAGACGGCCGUGAUGACUUGAUCUCGAUCGAUGCGAAAGGCCGGGCUCGCGCUUGGCUCAAUAAGGGUCUCGAUCAGUGGGAGUCGAUAGGCGAGAUUGCGCCUGGCCUUGAUGAAGAUCUGUCGGACUCACGCAUCGAAUUUGCUGACGUUAACGGGGAUAAGCGCGCCGACUACUUGAUUAUCUACGGUGGAGGGGCUGUCAAGGCAUACGUGAACAAUGGCAACCUCCCCAACCCAGGAGAUCGGCGGAUCUGGCAGGACGGUGUCGUUAUCUCACCAGGCGUUGGAGAGCCUGGCAGCAAGAUCAGGUUCGCAGACCUUGACGGCGACGGCUAUGAUGACUUCCUUAUUCUAUAUGACGGCGGAGCAGUCAAGUACUGGCAGAAUAAUAAGAAUAUUCCUCCCAGGGACGGCGGUCGUAUCUGGAAAGAGGGUAUUGUUGUGGCGACUGGAGUCGGCGAACCUGGCAGCAAGAUACGAUUCGCCGAUCUUACGGGCGACGGCAAGGCCGAUUACAUUGUCCAGUAUGAGGGUGGCGCUGCGAAAGCCUACCGGAAUAAUGGCAAGAUUCCUGUUGGGGAGGGCCGCAAAUGGAAUGAUAUGGGCACUAUUGCUGGCGGCGUCAGCCCCCAGGGCCCCGUCCAAUACGCCGACAUCAAUGGAGACGGAAAGGCUGACUAUCUUGUUGUCUUUCAUGGAGGCGCCAUCAAUGCAUACAUCAACGACAACGACUGGAAGCCCAAGCUACCGGCUAAGCCUGAGCAACCUAGUCCUGGCAUACCUGGUGAUGGCAAUGAUGACGACGGUAAUGGAGGCGGUAAUGGAGGCGGUAAUGGAGACGGCGACGUUGUAUACAUUGAUCCCAAUAUCUGGGACUCCGACAAACCGACAGCAGGAUGCCAACCGCCCUGCACUCUUGUCUUACCUCCAUGGUCGCUCUCCACCAAGACCACAAUUACCUUUCCUGUUAUCACCGAGACUCUCAAGGAAACGUGGCCCGAAACCACCAACGGUGUUACAAAAUACCGCACAACAACCAUCACCGUUCGCAUCACGCUCCCGCCUCUUACAACAUCCAAGAUUGGCGUGUCCAACAUUGUCCUGACAGAAUCCAUUUCCAAGCCUAUCCCUGUCCGAGGCAGUGUCAUUCCGCCACCCGUCACAUUGACUGAGCCUACUCACCGCAUCACUUACACGUACAAGCCCGGACCGUUUCCGACAGGCUCUGGUGAUGAUGACCCGGACGAUGAUAAUGAUAUGGACAUCGAUCCUCCGGCUGGUAUUGCCCCGUCUAUCAUUGUUACUGCUGGGCCACCUGGGCCCAUUUGCAAAUCCGGUUGCGGCAAUCUCUGUCUCUUUGGCUGCACUCCAGGUGGGGGCGGAGGAGGUGGAGGGGGAGGCUCGCUUGGCUGCAUUGGCGGUGGAUGCCCUGGUCCCGGGGGCAAUUGUGUCGGUGCUGGAUGCGAAGAAAACAAAGACAAUGAUGAUGAUGAUGAUGAUGAUGAUGACGAGGAUUGUGCGACUGAGACAAAUACGGAGUGUCAUCAGUCCUCUUCGUGUACCACCACUUCAACCGAGAUCAUCACUGGCUGCUUCCUGACGGCAACCGCUACAACAACGGGCUCAUCUUGUCCACUCAUGACCGUCAACCCCCGGUUAGAUGAUCUGGGCGAUGAUGACAGCGGAUACGGCGAUACAGGCAAGACUGUCAAGGUCACCUACUCUGCGACGGUCAUUGUCAGCAAAACGCUAUAUCCCGUCAAUAAGGGCUAUGUAACUGUUGACAGGACUGCCUACCCUAUCCCCAAUGUGAAAUCUGUCACCAGGACCAAAAUGCGAGGCACCUCAGCCGUUAUUCUCCCUUCUCAUGUUGGAUCGGGCAUCAAAGCCUCUACCACCUCUGACCCGAAGGCCACAACAACGGUGGGCGGGUCAAAGACAAGCACCAAGACGACAUCGACAUCCUACCCUACCAACGACAUAAUCCUCAAUGGUGAUGGCCAUUGCUGGGCCGGCCGCUCAGGCUAUGUCGAGUUUACUCCCGAAGAGGCAGACCAGGUCAUCGAUGCCUUCUGCGAGGAGGAGUUGCAGAGUACCGGCCAGAACAAGACGCUCGAGCAGGACGGUUAUACGGUUAUAGCGUCGGUAGAAUGGUCACCCAACCAGAGUGGGUGUCGUGAUAAGGACCCUUUCCCAUUCCAAAAGGAUAAUGGAAACCACUAUUGGUGCAAGCGUGCAUGGCUCGCUAACUGGUAUUGCCUGGAUCAAGGGAGGGAACCGAAAACUAGCUACGGAGGAGCGUACGUUGUUAACUCCGACGAGUUAGGCGCAUGCAUUAUUCUCGACUUACAUGCCUAUGACACGUCUACAUGA